CGAUAAAUUCCUCUUGUAAUUGAGUUCUUCCCGCAAAGAACAAGUCCGCCGGCGUCUAUUUUGAGUUCAAUACGACAAUGAGUUCAUACGACUUCACCUUCGGCGAGGGAAUCGAAUUUGUUCUGAAGAACAUUUCAAUUCCGUCUUCCCAGCGCCAAAGCUUCAAUAAAGACGCCGAAAUCAUUGAGAAUUCAUUUAUUCGCGCCAUUUCACGCUACGAUCGCACAUUCGCGCAGGCGUUCAGAGGCCUCAGCUUGACGGGCAGCAAUCUGGAUGGAUCCAGUUGACAAUGGAUGGAUAUGUUGACAAAAAUUGAGUUCGACUGCAACUUGAAACCAGUCCCCGUGGCAGGCUACCCAGGCUACAUAUAUCUGCGCGUAACGGGAAUAAAUGCGCCUGCCCACCUGCUCGAUCGGGCAUUGACUACAUUAACCGCAACAAGCUGCAGGCCUGGUUCCGCCAGAAUAUAGGCGCGAUAAUGGAGGAGCUGCAAAACAUUCGCUGCGGAGACCACCGCACAUAUGCACUGAAGUACAUGGGCCACGGCUACGGCGUGGCUCACACCAUAAUGGCCGCGUGUCGCGGCGACCGGAAGCGCAGAAUCUACUUUGACUUUGUGCCAGCGUUUGAGUUCCAGGCCCACGAAUGGCCACAAGGAUUGACCCAGCAUAAGCAUCAGCAGCGCACCUGGUUCGCCAUUCCCCGUGCCAUUCGUGGCAAGAAUGCUCCAAAAGAUCCACUCACCUUCAUGGCAAAAGAAGCAGAACCUAAAGGACACCAUGCGCCUCAUGCAUGCGCACACGCAGUGCCCAACACACGAAUUCACUGAUCAACUACAUGAUCAAGAGCGUCUUCCUGAACUGCACCGAGUGGCGCUUCACCACAUGGAACCAAUCGCCCGGACGUCUGCUUAUCCGCAUGUGCGUGCGCAUGAUUUGGUGCCUUACUAAAAGGCAUUUGCCAUUUUACUUGGUGCCCAAACUGCAGCUCUUCGAAACGCUUUGCGACAAUCAGUUGUCCGCCUAUUUGGGAAAGUUCAGACGCAUCACUCGCACCCUCAUCAAGUGCCGCGAUCGCGAUCGCAUGACCCCAGAACAAAUGGAAUUCUUAUUCGGUAUAAGUUACGAAUGAGUUGGCAGAGACGGCGGGACACGGGGCCUGGCCCUGCCAACCUUUUUACCAUUAUUUCAUUUUGGGUUAAUCUCGCAGGGCAGGAGCAUGCUGGAGACAAGUGCACUUAGUUUUUAUCGGACAUAUCUAUGAUAUAUCCUUAUGAAAGGACUUCACUUCUUUACUUUUGUAAUAAACGUUUCUUUGUACUUUU